CACAGCUCAUCACCUCCUCACAUAGCCUGAGUUUCGGAGACCACGCUCCUGAGGCCGGUGGGAACGACAUGCUACAGCAAGCCAUAUAUUGAGGCCUGGAAAAUGGUACUGCACCCACCUGGCCUGCGGCUGGAGCUAUCGUCCCUGGAGCAGCACCAGCUGGGAGCGAGGGCUGAGCAGUGACUUUCCCCUCAGACCACGUCCAAUCUGUGGCCUCCAGGUAAAAGGCUGCAGGCUCCCGAGGAGCGAGGAUGGCAGCAUGGGACGAGCAGGCAGAAAGUCCUAACGCUGGCUCUGGCAAGCCCUGGCCUUUCCGCUCUGCCCCCGCUGCACCCAGCAAUGGCUGAGGGGCCCACGGCGCACCAGAGAUGAGUGGAACUUUCCCCCUGGAAGUAGGGUUUAGUGCUGACCUUGGACUAUGACAUCCUAUCGACCCAUUCCGCAUGCAAGUGUGGAUGUUGGCGGACCGGCGCUGAAGGGGGGCGAAGGUCUGGCUGGCACGCGGGGCGAUUACUUCUCGCCAGGGUUCUGGGCGCAGAAUGGCAGCACCUCGCAGCCAGCAGGGGACGGUCUGCCCGGGCCACGGCCCACCACCACCACGCCUGCCAUGCCGAAGAUGGGCGUGCGCGCCAGGAUCGCCGACUGGCCCCCCAAGAGAGACGCACUGAAGGAUCCGGCCGCUCCAAGCCCCUCGAGGGACAUGGAAGCAUCGACGGGCAUCAGCAGGACUUUUCUUUCACCCAAGGGCUUUCAGAAUGGGCAGCAGCCGCCUCCCACCAGCCUGGGCUCCUCGGGGCUCAGGGGCUUGCACCGGCUCUCCAGGAGGAGAUCCAAGGACGUGGAGUUCCAGGAGGGUUGGCCUCGAUCGCCUGGCAGGACCUUCGUCCCGCUGCGCAACAGGAGUAACAGCGAGAUCACCCUCAGCGAGUGUGACUUGGAAGAGACCCUGGAGCCCCGUGGGGCCAAGCUGGGGAGCGGCCUGCCCCUCUUCCGCGAGUACGGCAGCACCUCCUCCAUAGACGUGCAGGGCAUCUCGGAGCAGAGCUUGUUCGACAUGCUCCGUGAGCUCCGCGCCGAGAAGCCGGCCCAGCGCCGCCUGGCGCCCGAGAAGCCGAGCGACCUGCUGCGGGCCGACGCCAGCACAGCCUCCAGCCUGCACGUGGCUGGCAGCGCCAAGGCGGACGUGAGGAACGGCCUGGGGCUCCUCCCUGAGGACUCCCCCACUCAGCCGAAGGAGAAGCCCCGCAAGAAGGGCCCCAGGGGAGAGGCGGGGGGAGACUCCAUCUUCAAGAAGCUGCGGAGCAGCCGGAGCGAUGGGGAGCCCGGGAGGGCCUUGGUGGAGCAGGAGGACGGUGGCAAGGCCUGGGUCUGCCAGAAGAGCUUUGCCCACUACGACGUGCAGAGCCUGCUCUUCAACCUCAACCAGGUGGCAGCCAACCGGGCGGUGGUGGCGCAGCGGAGGAAUACCACGACGGGCGCCUCUGCCGCCUCUGCCGUCUCGGCUGCCCUCUCCCGGGCGUACGGGCUGGGGGGCCUGGACCCGGCCUUCGCCAGCACUGAAGACCUCAACUACAAGGAGAACCUGGAGCACGACCUCGGGGACAACAACAGCAACGACCUGCUGCUCAGCUGCCCCCACUUCCGCAACGAGGUGGGCGGCAUGUGCGAGCGCAACGUCAGCUUCUCCAGGGCGUCGGCCGGCUCCCCCAGCGGGGCCGCGGGCGAGGGAGGCUUCCUGGAGCCCACCCUCAAUGCCUACUGCACCAACGCCAGCAUCUCCGUGCUGGAGGUCCCCAGGGAGCUGCAGAGGAGCCCCAGCCGGCUAACACGCUACAACGUGGAGCACGUCGACCUGGGGGCCCGCUACUACCAGCUCUAUUUCCACGGCAAAGAGCAUUCCAACUACUUUGGAGUGGAUGAGAAGCUGGGACCAGUGGCUGUGAGCAUCAGGAGAGAGAAGUUGGAGGAUCAUAAAGACUACGGGCCCCAAUAUCAGUACAGGAUUAUCUUCCGGACCAGCGAGCUCGUGACCCUGCGAGGCGCCAUCCUGGAGGACGCGACUCCCACCACCACCAAGCAGGGGACGGUGCGUGGCCUCCCCCUGAAGGACGUGCUGGAGUACGUGGUCUCCGAGCUGAACAUCCACUGUCUGCGGCUUGCCAUGAACACGCCGAAAGUCACGGAGCAGCUCCUGAAACUCGACGAGCAGGGGCUCUGCAGGAAGCACAAGGUGGGGAUCCUGUACUGCAAAGCAGGGCAGAGCUCCGAGGAGGAGAUGUACAAUAACGAGGAGGCAGGGCCAGCCUUCGAAGAGUUCCUCUCCCUCGUCGGGGAGAAGGUCUGUCUGAAAGCCUUCAGCAAGUACGCUGCCCAGCUGGACACGAAGACUGACUCCACCGGCACCCACUCUCUGUACACCACGUAUCAGGACUACGAGAUCAUGUUCCACGUCUCCACUAUGCUCCCCUACACACUCAACAACCGGCAGCAGCUACUAAGGAAGCGGCACAUAGGAAACGACAUAGUCACAAUCAUCUUCCAGGAGCCUGGAGCGUUGCCUUUCACCCCCCAGAAUAUCCGCUCCCACUUCCAGCAUGUCUUUAUUAUUGUCCGAGUCCACAGCCCUUGCACUGAUAACGUUUGCUAUAGCGUGGCUGUGACCAGAUCCAAAGAUGCUCCACCCUUCGGCCCCCCCAUCCCCAGUGGCGUCACCUUCCGCAAGUCUGACAUCUUUAGAGAUUUCUUACUGGCCAAGGUGAUCAAUGCCGAGAACGCCGCGCACAAGUCCGACAAGUUCCACACCAUGGCGACACGCACCAGGCAGGAGUACCUGAAGGACCUAGCGGAGAACUGCGUCACUAACACGCCCAUCGACUCCACGGGGAAAUUCAACUUGAUCUCCCUGACUUCUAAGAAGAAGGAGAAGAUGAAGGCGCGGGUGGGGGCAGAGCAGUACAGCAGCGGGGCCAUCGCCUGGCGCGUCUCGGCCCAGGACUUUGCCCAGGGGGUGGAGAUCGAGUGCAUCUUGGCCAUCUCCAACGAGUUCAUCGUCCUGCUGGACCUCAGCACCAAGGAGGUGGUGUUCAACUGCUUCUGUGGGGAUGUGAUCGGCUGGACUCCCGACCCCGGCACCCUCCGGAUCUUCUACGGCAGAGGGGACCACGUCUCCAUCCAGGCCGCGGACAGCAGCCCCGAGGACAUCAAGGAGAUCGUGCAGCGACUCAAGGUCAUGACCUCGGGCUGUGAGACGGUCGACAUGACCCUGCGGCGAAACGGGCUGGGCCAGCUCGGCUUCCAUGUGAAGUACGACGGGACGGUGGCCGAGGUGGAGGACUACGGCUUUGCGUGGCAGGCGGGGCUCCGGCAGGGCAGCCGGCUGGUGGAGAUCUGUAAAGUCGCCGUGGUGACGCUGUCCCACGACCAGAUGAUCGACUUGUUGCGGACCUCGGUCACGGUGAAAGUGGUCAUCAUCCCGCCCCACGAGGACGGCGUCCCUCGCAGGGGAUGGGCCGAGUCCUUCGAAAUGAGCAGCAUGGAGCACAAGGCAGAGCUGGAGAGCGUGCCCGCGGGGCAUCGCCCGCCGUACCGCAGCAACUCAGCAUGGCAGUGGAGCGGGCCUGCCUCCCACCACUCCUCGCAGGCAGCCAAGUGGGCAGAGCCCCUGCCCCUCACGAGGCCCCCCAAACAGACCUCCGUCGUCCCGUACCGUGAGCCGCAGCCCCUGCACGGCAAGAGGCCGGUUAGCUUCCCUGAGACGCCGCACACCGCCGCCGCCUCCUCCCCAGCGGGGGCGGAGAGAGUCCAGCCAUAUCGGCAGCCGUCGGGCAGCUUCUCGACUCCAGGCUCGGGAGGAACGGCUUACGCCCGCUACAAGCCAUCCCCAGAAAGAUACGCAACCUCUCAGCGGCCUGCGCUGCCGUUGGAACAGCAUUACAGCCCCGAAGUGACCUCGAGCGGCGAUUCCUCGUCCGGGGGGCUCCCCAGUCAGGAGAGCACCAUGGAGAGGCACAAGCCGGAGCCCCUGUGGCACGUGCCGGUGCAGUCCAGGCUCCCGACUGCGACGGGGAGCAGCAUGAGUAAGCGGCCCAGCAGGCAGGAGCUGGCAGGAAAGGAUUCUCCCAACCGGCCUUCCAAAGGUGAGGCUCAGUACUCCAGCCACUCCAGCAGCAACACGCUGUCCAGCAACGCCUCCAGCAGCCACAGUGAGGAGCGCUGGUUUGACACGCCCGAGCCUGCUGAGGGUGAGCCAGACCCCGUCUCCAAGGGGGGCUCCAGCGACAGCGGCAUUGACACCACGCUCUACGCCAAGCCCUCCCGCCUGGGGCCGCAGAGAGACCAGCUGCCCAAAGCCCUGCCGGGCUCCGCCCACUACGCCAGCCUGCAUGAGAGCGGGGCCAGGCCCGGGAGCAAGAGGAGGGAGCCUUCGCCUGCCGUCAGCGCGGGCAGCCACAGCCGAGGCUACCGGCCCAAGCUGUACGCCACAGGGGCCAGCGCGGCCGGGCCUGCCGCAGCCCCCAACCAAGGCAGUGAGCUCUUCAAGCAGCCAAGUAAUUUCGGUUUGCGACAAGGCCGCCCUGCUCAGGGUUACAAAACGCCCGUGGCUGAGAAUCCCAGGCCCCCACACAUGUCCCAGUCCAGCUCCUUCCAGCUGUCUGCCUCUGUCCCCAAAUCCUUCUUUUCCAAACAGACCAGCAGGAACAAGCCGGCGUUGGGGUGGAAGAGAGCCGAGGAGACCCCCACGAGACCUGUGGCCUUCACAGACCCAAAGAAGCAAAUCGACAUGAACACCAAGAACGUCUUUGGGCAGCCCAGGCUGCGGGCGUCGCUCCGGGACCUGCGCUCCCCCCGCAAGAACUACAAGUCCACCAUUGAGGACGACCUGAAGAAGCUCAUCAUUAUGGACGGCUUGGGCCCGGAGCCAGAGAGAGCCAUGUCUCCGCAGAAGACUCUCCAGCGGACGUUAUCAGACGAGAGCCUGUGCAGCGGGAGGAGAGACGCCAGCUACGCCAACGCCACCUGCUUCGAACAGUCCCUGGCCAGCGACGUCCUCUUCACCAGCACCUAUCCGUCCAACACGCUGCCCACCCGGCGGCAGCACCCGCAGCCGGGCAGCGGCGGCCUCCGCGGGAGCUGGGGUGCUCAUCCCCAGGCUACACUUGGCCCCGGCAUAACCACAGGGCAGUGGGGGGGAGCUGGCAGCAGGGCAGCGUGCUGCUCCGGGGGGUGCUGGGCCUGCUUCCCGGCACUCCGAGCGUCCUCUGACCCCUCUGCUCUCCCCAAAGCCACCAUCUCUGCCUCGGAGCUGUCACUGAGCGACGCGCGGGACAAGCCCCCCCGACGCCUCGACCCGGGGCUGAUGCCCCUGCCCGACACGGCAGCUGGCCUGGAAUGGUCCAGCCUGGUCAACGCUGCGAAGGCCUAUGAAGUGCAGAGAGCCGUCUCCCUCUUCUCCCUCAACGACUCCGCGCUGAGCCCCGACGCCCCCCCGGCGCCCAGCCUGGAGAGACAGCCCACGCCCCGCACCACGCCCACCAUGAGCGAGGAGCUGCCCGUGGACCUGACGGGAAAGGUGUGUCAGCUGGAGGCCAUGCUGAAGCAGCUACACAACGACCUGCAGAAAGAGAAGCAGGACAAGGUGGUGCUGCAGGCGGAGGUGGCCAAUCUGCGCCAGAACAACCAGCGGCUGCAGGAGGAAUCGCAGACGGCCAACGAGCAGCUGCGCAAGUUCGCCGAGAUCUUCUCCAGCCCUGUGGAUAAGGAGCUGUGAGCGCUCGGGCGCCAGGUGCCACGCACACCCAGCGCUGUGCCCCCAGGCUGCUGGCUGGGUGGGGGCAGCCGCAGAGACCUGGGACGUGCAGUUGGCUGGAGCAACUCGCAGGGCGCUGGGGAAGCUGCUGCUGUGCCAGGAGGGGCCUGUCCUUGGAAGGUGCAUCGCCGGCCCUUCCACACCUGCACCACGUCCCCGGCAAUAUGGGGCUAAACACGGGGAUUUACGGCUCCGUAUCCCUCCCCACGGUGGCAGGGAUCCGUGUCUGUUCUCUGCCCUGCCACCAGGAUGUUCUUGGGGCGCCAGUGUGAGCCGUGGCAUCCCGUUAAACCUCAUGCAAAGGGCACUGCUGGACACCCGGGCCAGUACAGCGCCUCCUUACCCUGCAUCUCCCAGCUCCUGGGCGCGAACCUCGACGAAUCCAGGAACGAUCCCUGUGAAAUGACUUCUGCACUACGACACACGGCCUGCAUCUUACGGCCAGUUCCCAGGAGAGCAAUACGGAGCUGGGCAGGCUCGGCCGCUGUCACCGACCAUGGCUCUGUUCAGAACUUGCGGUGGUUUUUCUGGUGUAAAAUAAUUAUAAUGGGACUGUACCCGUACCGGAGAGAAUUUAAAAAUUGCCCCCCGACUCUGGAGAGCACUUCCUCAAAGCUAAAUUAUUUUCUAGCGAAUGCAAUGCUGAGAGCGGCUCAGGAAGUGCAAAUUGAUUGCACUGGAAAUGUUCUUUAUAAAACACUAUAUUUGUAUAAAUGAGACUGUUUGUUUGUAAGGCUUUUCUCUGAGAUUUCUGUGCCUGG